AUGUCCACAUCAGGCGAGUUCACCCGGACGCAAAUCUUCGGUACGGUUUUCGAAACCACGCUGCGCUAUACGGAUUUGAACCCCGUUGGCAUGGGUGCCUUUGGGCUCGUGUGCUCAGCCAUGGACAAACUCACAGGCCAAAAUGUGGCGGUCAAGAAAAUCAUGAAACCUUUCUCGACCCCGGUGUUGGCCAAGCGCACAUACCGUGAAUUAAAGUUGUUGAAACACUUGCGCCACGAGAACUUGAUUACUUUGGAUGAUAUCUUCUUGAGCCCCUUGGAAGACAUUUACUUUGUCACAGAGUUGCAAGGAACAGACUUGCAUCGGUUGCUCACAUCCCGGCCGUUGGAAAAACAGUUCAUCCAGUACUUCACGUACCAGAUUUUGCGUGGACUUAAGUAUGUGCAUCUGGCUGGCGUGAUCCACCGUGACUUGAAGCCGUCCAACAUUCUCAUCAACGAGAACUGUGACCUCAAAAUCUGUGACUUUGGCUUGGCCCGAAUCCAGGACCCCCAGAUGACGGGCUAUGUGUCUACUCGUUACUACCGUGCGCCAGAGAUCAUGUUGACGUGGCAAAAGUACGACACUGAAGUGGAUAUGUGGUCUGUGGGGUGUAUUUUGGCAGAAAUGAUCGAGGGCAAACCACUUUUCCCGGGCAGGGACCACGUGCACCAGUUCUCGAUCAUCACAGAGCUUUUGGGCUCGCCCCCAGCAGAUGUCAUCGACACAAUCUGCUCGGAAAACACUUUACGUUUCGUCCAGUCUUUACCUCAGCGUGAACCUAUCCCAUUCAGCGAACGUUUUGCUUCGUGCACACAAGUGGAGCCCGAGGCCAUCGAUUUGCUCGAGAAAAUGCUCGUGUUUGACCCAAAAAAACGUAUCAGCGCAGUUGAUGCCUUGUCACAUCCAUACAUGGAGCCUUACCAUGACCCCACCGACGAGCCGCUGUGUGAAACCAAGUUUGAUUGGAGCUUCAACGACGCAGACUUGCCUGUGGACACUUGGCGAGUCAUGAUGUACAGUGAGAUUCUUUCGUUCCACCAGAUGAAUAGUGUCCCCGAAGAAGGACAGGCGCCUCUCCCUGUAGCUGCCUCUGAAGCUGUUCCACCCGCGGGAGCUUCUCAAUAA